CUCCCCGCCCGCUCUCACGUACGCGCGGCCGGGCGGGCAGGCAGGCACGGAGCCGCUGCCGGCCGUCCCGCACCCGCGCACUUGCCGAAGAUGAGCCGCGCCGUGCUGCGGGUCUCCCUCCUGCUCCUGGCCGCCCUGGGCCGCGCCGGCGCCGGUGGCGAGCAGGACCAGGACCAGGAGCACGGCGACGAGGACUCCCCGCACCCCGGGCAGAAAGGUCCUGGCCACAGUCACUGGAGCUAUGAAGACAAAGAUCACUGGGGCAUGGACUACGCGAACUGUGAUGGUACUGCACAGUCACCCAUCAACAUUGACACGUCCAAGACCAUCUUCAGCCCCCAGCUGCGGCCAAUCCAGCUCUCCGGCUACAGCCUGCCCGCCAACGAGAAUCUCAGGCUGAGGAACAAUGGGCACACAGUUCUCCUGGAGCUGCCUGAGUCCCUGGCCAUCACCGGGGGCUAUGCCCAGCAGUAUCGAGCCGUGCAGCUGCACCUGCACUGGGGGUCCCUAUCAGGACCUGGCUCGGAGCACACGGUCAAUGGGCACCGCUUUGCUGCAGAGAUCCAUGUUGUCCACUACAACACCAAGUAUGCCAGCAUUCAGGAGGCAAUGAAACAGCCAGAUGGCCUGGCUGUACUGGGAGCCUUCCUGGAGGUUGGGCCAAGGGAGAACCCAUACUAUCAGGAAAUACUUGAGCAUCUGUACAAAAUCCAAAGAGAAGGCAAGGAAGUCUUGGUGCCUGGAUUUAACAUUGCAGGUCUGCUGCCUGCCAACCUGAAACUCUACUUCCACUACAAUGGCUCUCUGACCACCCCUCCCUGUUACCAGUCGGUGAAGUGGACGGUCUUCAACCAGACCAUGAUGAUCUCUCAUGCCCAGAUGUCAAUGCUGGUGACAAGCCUGAGACAUGAUGACAGCGAACCUCUGCAGAACAAUUACCGGCUGGCCCAGGACCUGUAUGGGCGACGAGUGCUGGCGAGUUUCCAGACCACCCUCCCUUCAACAAAGCACCUGCCUUCUGGUAGUGACGACUCUGCAGCAGCAGGACGCUCUUCAUUUCACCCCGGGGAUGUGCUGGCUGUACUCUUCGGGGUGCUCUUUGCUGCCACGGCUCUGGCCUUCCUGCUGUACAUCUACAAGCACCGCAGCCAGAACGCACGGCUCGACUCACCAACCAAAUCCAAGGUCAUCUACACAGCAGCUGCCACUGAGAACACUGCCUAAGCCCCAUGCCUCUGUGGUGGUCCCAGCCUCAACGACUGAGCCUGUCACCCCCUCUCCCCUCACUCCCACCCUGAGCCGAGGGACAGCCAGCAGCUCCAGCAUCCCUUGACUGCAUGGGCUGCCCACAUGGACUGUUUUCCUGGGGCAGCAUCUGGCCUCAGCAGGUAUUUUUGUUAUAAAAAAAGGUUAAAAAUGUAUUUAAAAAAUAAAGUUUUUUUAAAAAAGUAAAA